GUGGAGGAGGAGGACUCUUCGCCUGAGAGAGGGGAAGAGACGGAGGAGACCGAGGCGGAAGAAAUCUGGCUGUCAAAGAACGGAAUAAGGUGGUCUACCUCCCACGCGAAAACGCUGCCACGUUGGAGUCCAGUAUGGAUUUGUUUCUUACGGAAGACAUCAUGGACCUGAUACUGAAAAUGACAAACCUCCAGGGGAGACGGGCCAACAAGGAGUGGAUGGAUCUGGACCUGGUAGAUCUAAGGGGCUACAUUGGGCUGCUGCUUCUAGCCGGAGUAUAUCGCUCAAAAAACGAGUCACUGACGAGCCUGUGGGAAGAGGAGACCGGGCGGAUAAUUUUCCGGGCCACCAUGUCCCUGAAGAAGUUCCGCCUCAUCAGCGACAAUGUUCGAUUUGAUGAUAAAAGGACCAGACGAGCGUGUUUCAGAAAUGACAAGCUGGCGGCCUUCCGGACACUGUGGGAGAAAUGGACCAGCAUUCUCCCUGUAAAUUUUAACCCAGGGAGAGACAUCUGUGUGGAUGAGCAGCUGGUGCCGUUCAGAGGCCGAUGUGCUUUUAGGCAAUACAUCCCAAGCAAGCCGGCAAAAUAUGGCCUCAAAAUCUAUCUAAUAUACGGGGAGGCCGGCUGGACGUCCCGCAGAGGUGGGACAGGGGAAGCGGGUCCUCCGCGAGAUGACAGAGGGGCUCCGGGGCUGUGUUGUCACCUGCGAAAUUUUUUUACAUCAUAUGGAGCAGCGGAGGAGCACCUCAAGAGCAAGAUAGCCCUUGUGGGCACAAUAAGAAAAAACAAGCCCAAGCUCCCUCCCCAACUGCUGCAGGUGAGGGGACGAGCGACACACUCCUCGAUCCACGCCUUCACCCGCACGGCCACAGCGGUGUCUUACAUCCCAAAGCGGGGGAGGAAUGUGUUGCUCCUGAGCGCCAAGCACCACCGGCCAGAGAUCCGCCUGGGAAAACAGAAACCGGCGAUCAUCCUGGCAUACAAUAGGUGCAAGGGUGGUGUCGACAACCUCGACAAGGUUGUCAGCUGCAGGAGAAAAACAAACCGCUGGCCGGUUACGCUCUUCCACAAUCUCCUGGACGUCUCGGCAUACAACGCCUUUGUUGUAUGGACCACUGUCGACCUGCACUGGAACGCCAGGAAGACCCCCCCCCCCCCCCCCUCACAAUCACAGACACACACACACACACACACACUACCAGCCCCCAUCCACACGUUCUAAA